AUGCAGUCGACUCUCGCAGAAUCGUUCUUGUGCGAUUUGCAAGAUCUUGAAGAUGAAGACGCCGAAGAGGUCGAGAGCGCCGCAGGCAUCCCGGGUCCGGAGGCUCCCCAGUCUCAAGCAAAAGGAGAGGCGGGGGGAUUGCUGGGGGCACCGUCUCUGUCGCUAGACGUUUCGGAAACGAAGGGAUCAAGCGAGAAGAUCGAAGAGGAUGAUCUCGAUACCCCCAUUCCCGAUGCUGUUCAAGAAUAUGAACGGAGACAGCAGGAGAACUAUGUCGGAGUUGUGGUCAGCGAUCUUAUGCUCCAACCCGACUUCCUCGCACUCCUCGAUCGCGUUCGAGUUCUCACUCCACAAGAGGCUGAAUACGACAACGAGGAACUUCACCUCAUUGAACAGUGCAAUGAACGAGUCAUCGACAUUGACAAAGACAUUCUGAACAUCCACAAAUUCAUCAAAGACAUCUACAGCAUGAAAUUCCCCGAGCUCGAGUCGAUCGUCCAGGGACCGCUCGAGUACAUUGGCGUCGUCCUCCGCAUUCAGAACCAAACGGACUUGACGCAAGUUGAUCUCUCCGACUUGUUGCCGUCGCCUACCAUCAUGGCCCUGACCGUCGCUGCGUCUCUCUCUGUCUCCUCCUCGUCAUCCUCUUCCUCAGGGCGCCGCUUGCCAGACGAAGAAUUCUGCAAGGCCAUCGCAGCAGCGAAGGAAGCGAUUGCUCUGGCGGAAAAGCGCAAAGAGAUUCUCCAGUACCUCGAAAGUCGAAUGAGUUUGAUUGCCCCCAACGUCUCUACCAUCCUCGGCGCUGCCUUGGCGGCGCGGCUCCUCACGCGCGUGGGUGGCCUGAAAAUGCUGGCAAAAAUGCCGUCUCAAAACAUCAUGCUCGUCGGUUCGCAGAAAAAAACGUCGUUCUCUCUGUCGUCGAAGGGUGGAGCGACUGCGAGUGCUUCUGGCCCCUUCAGUUCACUGCUCUGUUCGUGCGAAAUUAUCCUUUUGACCCCACCUGCAUUCCGCACGCGCGCUUUGCGCCUCCUCGCCGGGAAAGUGUCUCUGGCGGCGCGCGUCGACUUCUUUGGCCAGUCCAAAGACGGCGAAAAGGGCAAAGCGAUGAGAGAGGAAAUUGUGCGCGCUCUCAUCAAGGUCCAAGAACCUCCUCCGGCGCCCCAGAAGAAGGCGCUGCCGGCCCCCGACGAGAGGGCCCGCCCGAAGCGCGGAGGGAAAAAAUAUCGGCGGAUGAAAGAGAAGUACGAACUCACGGAGGUGCACAAGCAGCUUAACCGCAUGCAGUUCGGCGUCGAGGAAGACCAGAACGGCUUAAAAGCUAAGGGGCUCGGGAUGUUGGGGAAGAGUAUAGCGAGCGGCCGUCUAAAGAUUCAGGCAAAGCAACAGAAGAAGCUCCAACCGAGCCGUAAACGCCAGCAGCAGAUGAAUCGCGGCGCAGGUGCCAGAGCAGGCAAUGAAACCGCGGGAUGCGGAUUCUCCUCUUCGCUCACCUUCACGCCGAUUCAGGGGAUCGAGUUAUGUAACCCCGGCGCCGCAGGUGCUGCAAACCCGUCAGGUGGUGCUGGCAAGAAGCAAGAGAGUACUGCGAAGGUCAACUAUUUUUCGUCUACUGGAAAGUUCACAAAGUGCCAUGUGGAAGUCGAACGAGCAAAUUUUUGCUUGCAAGACCCCGAAGGAUCGUCAGUGGUUACAGAGGGAGAAUCUUGGUUUGUCGCGAAACUGUGCAACUCCCUUGCUGCGCUCCCGCUCGCGGGUGUCACAGCAGCGCCACAGUCUCCCGUCGUGCCUGUGUAUGACCGUCUAUCCGUAGAAACUUCAGAUACUGGUGAUGGUCUUGACACAUCUGCAUUUCCGGAGGGCUUCGAUAAGGAAAGCUCGUCCCGUGGAAAAAAACCUGACGGGGCUCUGGAGCAGACCGAGUCGACCGGGGACACCCUCCAGUCAACGGGUCUCAGUGGAAAAGCGGAGCCGUUGGACGUUCUUCGUCGUCGCAGCCGUCGGCGCACAACGGGCACACGUUCAAUUGGCAGCUUGCCAACUGCCAAGCUGAACACCCAACAGAGGCUACAGAAACGAAAUAGCGCUUUGUGGGAGGCGCUCCAAAUCGUGCUCGCUCUUGGCGUUGGCGUCCUCCUGGCGCCCGGUUUGUACAUGGCCCUCAGGCCUCUCGUCGGUAACGGAGCGGCUCCAAUUCGGCGUUUCACUGUGGCGGCGGGAACUGCUAUGAAACAUGCGGCCUUCCUUGGCCCUAUGAAAGCGUCACAGAAAGGCCGUAAACGCCAGCAGCAGAUGAAUCGCGGCGCAGGUGCCAGAGCAGGCAAUGAAACCGCGGGAUGCGGAUUCUCCUCUUCGCUCACCUUCACGCCGAUUCAGGGGAUCGAGUUAUGUAACCCCGGCGCCGCAGGUGCUGCAAACCCGUCAGGUGGUGCUGGCAAGAAGCAAGAGAGUACUGCGAAGGUCAACUAUUUUUCGUCUACUGGAAAGUUCACAAAGGAGAGAUGGACUCUCUGCCUGAGAUACAUCGCUGGAAGUGACUGUACGUCGGUGGGCAGCUGCGCUCCUGGCGCCCGUGGGCUGUCCCCUCGGCUCUUUUUGCAAACUUGGUUCGGAAAGUGCCAUGUGGAAGUCGAACGAGCAAAUUUUUGCUUGCAAGACCCCGAAGGAUCGUCAGUGGCUACAGAGGGAGAAUCUUGGUUUGUCGAGAAACUGUGCAACUCCCUUGCUGCGCUCCCGCUCGCGGGUGUCACAGCAGCGCCACAGUCUCCCGUCGUGCCUGUGUAUGACCGUCUAUCCGUAGAAACUUCAGAUACUGGUGAUGGUCUUGACACAUCUGCAUUUCCGGAGGGCUUCGAUAAGGAAAGCUCGUCCCGUGGAAAAAAACCUGACGGGGCUCUGGAGCAGACCGAGUCGACCGGGGACUCCCUCCAGUCAACGGGUCUCAGUGGAAAAGCGGAGCCGUUGGACGUUCUUCGUCGUCGCAGCCGUCGGCGCACAACGGGCACACGUUCAAUUGGCAGCUUGCCAACUGCCAAGCUGAACACCCAACACAGGGCACCGAAACGAAAUAGCGCUUUGUGGGAGGCGCUCCAAAUCGUGCUCGCUCUUGGCGUUGGCGUCCUCCUGGCGCCCGGUUUGUACAUGGCCCUCAGGCCUCUCGUCGGCUUUUUCAACUUUGCCUUCCUCAGCGGAGCGGCUCCAAUUCGGCGUUUCACUGUGGCGGCGGGAACUGCUAUGAAACAUGCGGCCGUCCUUGGCCCUAUGAAAGCGUCACAGAAAGGCCGUAAACGCCAGCAGCAGAUGAAUCGCGGCGCAGGUGCCAGAGCAGGCAAUGAAACCGCGGGAUGCGGAUUCUCCUCUUCGCUCACCUUCACGCCGAUUCAGGGGAUCGAGUUAUGUAACCCCGGCGCCGCAGGUGCUGCAAACCCGUCAGGUGGUGCUGGCAAGAAGCAAGAGAGUACUGCGAAGGUCAACUAUUUUUCGUCUACUGGAAAGUUCACAAAGGAGAGAUGGACUCUCUGCCUGAGAUACAUCGCUGGAAGUGACUGUACGUCGGUGGGCAGCUGCGCUCCUGGCGCUCGUGGGCUGUCCCCUCGGCUCUUUUUGCAAACUUGGUUCGGAAAGUGCCAUGUGGAAGUCGAACGAGCAAAUUUUUGCUUGCAAGACCCCGAAGGAUCGUCAGUGGCUACAGAGGGAGAAUCUUGGUUUGUCGAGAAACUGUGCAACUCCCUUGCUGCGCUCCCGCUCGCGGGUGUCACAGCAGCGCCACAGUCUCCCGUCGUGCCUGUGUAUGACCGUCUAUCCGUAGAAACUUCAGAUACUGGUGAUGGUCUUGACACAUCUGCAUUUCCGGAGGGCUUCGAUAAGGAAAGCUCGUCCCGUGGAAAAAAACCUGACGGGGCUCUGGAGCAGACCGAGUCGACCGGGGACACCCUCCAGUCAACGGGUCUCAGUGGAAAAGCGGAGCCGUUGGACGUUCUUCGUCGUCGCAGCCGUCGGCGCACAACGGGCACACGUUCAAUUGGCAGCUUGCCAACUGCCAAGCUGAACACCCAACAGAGGCUACAGAAACGAAAUCGCGCUUUGUGGGAGGCGCUCAAAAUCGUGCUGGCUCUUGGCGUCUUCGUGGCGCCGGGUGUGUACCUGGCCCUCGAGACUCCCCUCGGCUUUUUCAACUUUGCCUUCCUCAGCGGAGCGGCUCCAAUUCGGCGUUUCACUGUGGCGGCGGGAACUGCUAUGAAACAUGCGGCCGUCCUUGGCCCUAUGAAAGCGUCACAGAAAGGCCGUAAACGCCAGCAGCAGAUGAAUCGCGGCGCAGGUGCCAGAGCAGGCAAUGAAACCGCGGGAUGCGGAUUCUCCUCUUCGCUCACCUUCACGCCGAUUCAGGGGAUCGAGUUAUGUAACCCCGGCGCCGCAGGUGCUGCAAACCCGUCAGGUGGUGCUGGCAAGAAGCAAGAGAGUACUGCGAAGGUCAACUAUUUUUCGUCUACUGGAAAGUUCACAAAGCGGAUGCAGGAUGGCACAGUCCAGAAGGCCCAGAAACGGCCACUCUCUGGUGUCACAGCAGCGCCACAGUCUCCCGUCGUGCCUGUGUAUGACCGUCUAUCCGUGGAAACUUCAAAUACUGGUGAUGGUCUUGACACAUCUGCAUUUCCGGAGGGCUUCGAUAAGGAAAGCUCGUCCCGUGGAAAAAAACCUGACGGGGCUCUGGAGCAGCCCGAGUCGACCGGGGACUCCCUCCAGUCAACGGGUCUCAGUGGAAAAGCGGAGCCGUUGGACGUUCUUCGUCGUCGCAGCCGUCGGCGCACAACGGGCACACGUUCAAUUGGCAGCUUGCCAACUGCCAAGCUGAACACCAAACAGAGGCUACAGAAACGAAAUAGCGCUUUGUGGGAGGCGCUCAAAAUCGUGCUGGCUCUUGGCGUCUUCGUGGCGCCGGGUGUGUACCUGGCCCUCGAGACUCCCCUCGGCUUUUUCAACUUUGCCUUCCUCAGCGGAGCGGCUCCAAUUCGGCGUUUCACUGUGGCGGCGGGAACUGCUAUGAAACAUGCGGCCGUCCUUGGCCCUAUGAAAGCGUCACGGAAAGGCCGUAAACGCCAGCAGCAGAUGAAUCGCGGCGCAGGUGCCAGAGCAGGCAAUGAAACCGCGGGAUGCGGAUUCUCCUCUUCGCUCACCUUCACGCCGAUUCAGGGGAUCGAGUUAUGUAACCCCGGCGCCGCAGGUGCUGCAAACCCGUCAGGUGGUGCUGGCAAGAAGCAAGAGAGUACUGCGAAGGUCAACUAUUUUUCGUCUACUGGAAAGUUCACAAAGGUCGAGAAAGAUCUCGCUUCUAUGGUUCCCAAGGCGGUGUGA